UUCCUUUCAAUAAACUAUUAAAGUCUCUCCCACAUUCACUUUCGCUCGCUCGUACCUCAAAUUUUGGCUCGCAACACAAAGCAAAAAAUCGACCGAGCGACGGCUCGUAACUCGGAAAACUCGUGGAUACACAUCCUUACUCCUGCUCUUACCACUAUGUAAAAUCAAUCAUCAAUCAUUUGACCACCAGCUCAAACGUGCGUGUCAAAAAACGUUGAAAACCCCGGCUGUGACAAAAGAUGGUGAUGCAACAUUACAUUCAAUGAUAAUGUGGUAAAAUUGAUCCUGUUCCAAAGUAAUCGGUGUCAAUCGAUUUAUUUAUCCGAAAACUUUCAUGAUCUAAACAUGGAAUGUUGUUACAGAAUCCACCCCAGCCACCAUCGAGCGUGGUGACGCAAAAACUACAGAAAAAAAAAACCAAACAAACAAAAUGGCAGCGAACGAAGAUACCGAGUUGAAGCUGGCCCACGUGGGGAAGAAGAAAAUAGCUCCGAAACGAUACUGGGACAGCACAGAGAAAAAGGCAACAGAGGAUGCUGAGGAAGGACAAAAACAGGAGGAACAUGGUGAACAAAAAAAGAACAUCAAAGGUGAAAUGCCUUAUCUGAAAAGGAAGAAAAGGAAGACUGAAGCUGGGAGAAAGAAGGGCAUAUCUGGGAAAAUGGACCCUUUCCCAGGCCCUGCCCCUGUUUCAGAAGACAAGCUGAAGAAGUUUAAACGAGGGGAGAAGGGAAAGAUGCCCCAAGGAACCAGAGGUAGACUAAAAGACAGUCUGUCAGGUGCAGAGGUUGCCUCAAAUCUUGCCCAGAACCAGGCAGCACGCUAUGACCUGCUGCUGCCGGAGGAUGCUGGGUUUUUGGAAGGAGAUGAGGAUGAGGACACAUGCACUUUCCUGCAGGAAGACAUUGCAGAUGCUGUUGACAUCACUUCAGGGGCAAAGUAUUUCAACUUGACACUCUCCCAGUUUGGGCCCUACAGAGUGGAUUAUACUAGGAACGGCCGGCAUCUCCUGCUGGGUGGCAGGCGGGGUCAUGUGGCCUGCAUCGACUGGCAGUCCAAACAGCUGAAGUGUGAGAUGAAUGUUAUGGAAACAGUGAAUGAUGUCAAGUGGCUCCACAGUGAAGCUAUGUAUGCAGUGGCUCAGAAGAAGUGGCUGUACAUUUAUGACUCCAGCGGGAUUGAGCUUCACUGCAUUCGGAAAUUCAACGAUGUCUUGCGUCUGCAGUUCCUGCCCUACCAUUUCCUACUUGCCACAGCAAGUACAACAGGGUUUCUGCAGUACCUGGAUGUUUCUGUAGGGAAGGAAGUGGCUGCUAUCUGCACCAAAGCGGGGCGUCUGGACGUGAUGGCUCUGAACCCGCAGAAUGCCAUCAUCCAUCUUGGCCACCCAACUGGCACAGUGACCCUUUGGUCGCCAAAUCAGCGGGAGCCACUGGUUAAGAUGCUUUGUCAUAAAGGAGGUGUGCGAUCAAUUGCCGUGGAUAAGACUGGCACGUACAUGGUGACCUCAGGUCUCGACAGGAAGCUGAAGGUUUUUGACGUCCGUACUUUUCAACCUCUGAAAUCCUACUUCCUCCCCGCCGGGGCAUCGUGCCUGGCCCUGAGCCAGAGAGGGCUGCUCUGUGCCUCCACUGGCGAUAUUGUUCAGGUCUACAAGGAUGUGUGCAGCACUCCAGUGAAAAAGCCCUACAUGACUCAUCGUGUGCGGGGUUCGGUGUGCGGAGCCCAGUUCUGCCCCUUUGAGGAUGUCCUGGGUGUGGGGCAUGCAGAGGGCUUCACCAGCAUGCUUGUACCAGGUGCCGGGGAACCCAAUUUCGAUGGACUGGAUGCAAACCCCUACCGCAGUGUUAAACAGCGGCAGGAGUGGGAGGUAAAGGCUCUGCUAGAGAAAGUCCAGCCUGAGCUCAUCGGGCUGGAUCCAGGCCAGUUGGGUCUGGUGGACCGGGCCACCUGGGAGCAGCGGCACCAAGACAAAGUCCAGGCACUGGGAUUCGACCCACUUGCUAAGGCAAAGUUUACGCCAAAGUUUAGGACCAAAGGUCGGAGUUCUUCAGGAAAAGUUCAGAAGCGCAAGAAGCAAGUAGCCCAUGAAGAUCAAAGGGAUCAGAUCAGAGAAACAGUGGAGCAACUGCAGAAAGAGACGCAGAAAAAGAUCAACACUGACCAGGGUCAAAGGUCGGCUCUAGAUCGAUUCAGGAAGUAGGACAGAGAGCCACUGUCCAGCAGCAACUCGAGGCCCCAGUGGAGCCAAACGUUUUGUACAUUAUAAUAAAGAACAUAUUCAUAAUGCUCCCCCACCACCUCCUGCUUUAUUUCGCCAGUUUGAGUGGCCUCGUCUCCUCUCAUUGUGAACAAAGGACCUGUCUGUAACGGAACCUUCCAAUGGCUGUACUCAGAUUUCAGUUUUUUUAAUUAUUUUUUUUAUUUUAUUAUUUAACUGAAUAAAAUGUUUUCUAAAAAUGUCCAAAAUAGCCAUUAAAUGGUUCGUUUCAUUUGGCUUAAUUUCAUUCAUUGCAAUGUAUCUAACUCCCAAUGUAUCUUAACUACUCAAAAUGAUAAGUGAUAAGAACUGUAACAUUACUCCUAAAGCAUAGUUUUAUGGAAACGGAUUACUUGUAACAACAUUCCAUGUUUUGAUCAUGAAUGUUUUGGGAUAAAUAAAUCGAUUGACACAGA